UAUGAUUUCUGAGGAGGGAGCCAGCGGGAGGCAUAUGUCUUUCGGAGAACACUAAAAUCUGUGUCCAGAGGACUCGCAGGAGACUUCAGAUAUGGAGCUAUCACAUGCCAAGCUGUGGAUAAGAAGAAAUCAAAUGUGCGAGUGAAGUUUAUUCUUCUGAUGUGGUAGCAACUUUGACAAAGAGAUCAGAGACUUUGCUGCUCAUGCUCCUAAUUGUUUGACUAUCUGGAGACGGAGGGUGUGGUACCAAACUCCGACCUCAUCUGCUGGUGAGAGAGCUCCUUCUUUGGACACCAAAUUUCUUUUUCUACUUGGAUCUCAUUGGAUGUGUUGCUAAGACCUGGAGGCAGAGUUACCACACUUCCCAUGGAUCCAAACAUCCAGGGGUCUUUCCUGUUUAACAACAGCCUCAACCAGUUCCCCUCAGACAUCAAGGCACCAGUGUGCCAGUACUCAAUGCCCAACUCCUUCUACAAGCUCAGCCCGGGCCUGAACAGCCAGCUGCAGCCAGGGACACCUCAUGGCAUCAGUGACAUCCUGAGCCGCUCCAUGGUCGGGGUGGGCUCCUCGGGCACCACCACCCUGCUGCCCGGAUACUCCAGCAUGGGGGGGUUCGGCCCCUCUGUCACCAGCACGUCCAUGUACUACAAUCGAGACUACAAUUCCUCACUGGGCGGCUUCUCCAAACCCGGCGCCGAGUGCCCGAUGAAGAGUCGCAGCGUAAACUGCUGGGCAGAAAGCAGCUGUGAGUGGAGAGGAGGGAGGCAGCAGUGCACCAACAGUGAGUCUAAAUACUGCAGAGCGGGCUCAGCAUCAGCAGCAGGCAGUGGUCCUCUUGGGGAGAUGUCCAGCAGGAAAAAACACACCAGACCGACGUUUAGUGGACAUCAGAUCUUUGCUCUGGAGAAAACUUUUGAGCAGACAAAGUAUUUGGCAGGGCCAGAGAGAGCGAGACUGGCGUAUUCUCUGGGAAUGACUGAAUCACAAGUCAAGGUUUGGUUUCAGAACCGGCGCACCAAGUGGAGGAAGAAGAGCGCCUCUGAGCCCAGCUCCACACAGACCAACCACUCGGGGCCGGCCGGAGAGGCCUCGGAGAAUGAGGUGGAGGACGAGGAGUACAACAAGCCUCUAGACCCCGACUCUGACGACGAUAAGAUCCGAUUGCUGCUGCGCAAACACCGCAGGGCUUUCUCCGUCCUUCGCCUCGGGCCGCACCACAUCUGAUGCACUUCCUGCAGACUAUAGGCUACACAAGCACAGACACACACACACACGUACAGGCAUAAAAACUCUCUCAGCACAUAUGCAUGCUGUAAUAAAUUUCAAACUAGUUUGCAAUACAACGUUUAAUUGCUGAGCUGUUACGCAUGAUCGGAAUAGGCCCGACAAAAGAACAUUAAACGGUCCAACUGACGCAGAGGCUUUAAAAAGUUACUGUAAAAAAAAAUCUAUAUCUCUGGCUUGUUACACUGUUACUUGUGUCACAGAAAGUAACCUUAAGUUAUUCCUGCACUCCAAUUUUGAACAGCUGGGUCGUUUUCAGUUAUGCGUAUUUCAAAAUAAAGCUCUUCUAAAUCCUU